AUGACGACGGCUGGUCUGCUCGACAUCGACAUGACCGACGUUCAGCAGCAGAGCACCACGCUGCUCAGUCUACCACCCGAGAUUGUGGGCCUCAUUGGCUUCUUUGCAGGCCAGGCAGCGCACUUCACUCCGCCGACCGAUCUGCUCAACCUCAUGCUCGUCUCGAGCGACCUCUUCACUUGCUUGUCACCCAAGCACAACCCCGGACUCUACUCUGACCUGUUCCGAGACCGAUUCGACAGUGCAGCUCUCAAGAGACGCACUCAUCUCCCGCUCAAGCUCAUCUCCCUAGACAGCGACCACGAGCAGCUCAGCGAGGACAGGGCGAAGAUCCAAGCGAGACAAGUCGCCGCAGAGUAUCAGCAUCGUGUCAGGAUCCUGCGUAACAUGCGCCGCAAUACGCUCAAGUAUCCCGAGGAGAUCCACGACCUCGCGCGAAAUGGCGGAAGUGGCACUCAUACGCCUGCUCGAGGCAUCCUCCUCGACGAAGAAGAGCUGGCCCAAGAGCUCUGGACAGCCUAUCUCAUGCUGCUCGAGAAUGAUGGCAAGAAUAUCGAGCAACUACGUCGGGCGGGUCAAAUCCGCAUCUACCUCAAUAUCUACUAUCGGAGCAAGAUGCUCAACGCCGCUGUCUUGCCCGGCUAUUCUCUCGAGACGGCUGACCGAAGUCUCGCUCUGCACUUGAUGUACAUGCUCACGACGAACGAGGAUCUAGAAAACGAGGAUCAGGAUCGAGCGGACGAAAGGUUCUUUGUACUCAAGCCUUACGUCUUUGCCGCUCACAUCUUUGAUUCAGCGCACGCCAGCUGGGUCGAGCGCAUUCUGCCCGCCCGACCCGGAUUGUCGAGCAAAGAAAUCGACGCAUGGUUCCUGGAGCCCAAAGCGCCACACGUGCAGCGCCUCUCCUGCGUGACCCAUUACGGCCGCCAAGUCUAUCUGGCCAACCCCGUCCUGUCAUCUGCAGCAUGCCUGUCCUUCUUCAUGCGCGUCGAGCGCGAUCCCGAGUUCUCUACUCUGGGUCAGAUGCCCAUGAAUGCCGAAGCGUUCGCCGGAUUUGGGCAGCGCCAACCUCUGCUGGGAGGUGUCAGACCGAUAGCAUCUGAUCGCGCGCCAAAGACACCUCUGGCGCCGCUCGAGAGCGCAGCGCACGAUCUCGACUAUCAGCGCCUGCUGAGCUGCUACCAUCCUCUCGUCUCGCCUGGCUUGACAGUAUCCCAGAUCCUGAGCACCGCUUCGGGGUCAUGGGAGGGUCGCUUCAGCUAUUUCGAUUAUGACGCCUACAGGGACAUGCUAGCAGGCGAGAUGCUCAGCCUGUUCGAGGGUCCUUUUGGCUUCCAACCUCAGGUAUGGACCCUGCAAGAGAUUGCGGUCGAACUGCUCGGCGAUGACAUCGAUUAUGGCGGCAAAGGGUCCGUACUGAACGCUGGUCUGACACCCGCAGACGAACAAUGGCUCGGCUCACUUGCACCACCUGGCUCACCAUCUGGCUUCCACAAGCCUCUCACUCGCACGCAACCUCACAUAACCCCUGCUCGCAUUCCGCCAUAUUAUCGCAUGCUCGACGACAAUGAGCCACUUCUCCCCAACAAGCGCUACGAAGUCCUCCUGAGCGGAUCUGGUCAUUCUGCUUGGGGCCAGUUCACGCUUCAAGGUCGCAUUCGCACAUGGGAUGGUCACUUUUCGCUCGUCAAGAAGUACACGCCAGACGCAAGGGGCGCAUGGCUCUAUCGCGGGCAAUCGCUAGGCAAAGACUGUCUCGUUGGGCGUUGGCGAGAUACUUUCACGAGGGUAGAUCAAGUCGGCUAUGAAGCCCGUCUCUUUUUCCUUUCGCUAUCGAACUCCAUCAGCCAGCAGACCAAGAUGGCAAGCGUAGCCAACGAGAAGAUGACCACACGAUCCACCAAGGAGCAGACCUCGGAUGAUCCCAAGCAGGACUCUGUAGGAACCUCUUCCACCGCCAAUGACCCCGAUCAGCCCUCCUCGUCGGUCACCGACAGGACAGACAGCGCAGACUCUGGCGCUGGCGAAUCGGGCGGCAAGCGCAGCGAGCGUGAGCGCCGAGGUGUUCGUGCGCCUGCCACUUGGAUCCACAAGCCCAAGAACUUCUGGACAAAGAUUCUUGCGCUCGAUAUCUGUCCCGAUUCUGCCUAUGACAAACGAUUUGGGCCCGAUCGCGGCCCUGUGCCACACCACAGCAUUCGCCUAGAGAACGCCUUCAUCCUGUUCUGGGGACUCUUCCCCCAGGUCGUUCAGUGGAUCUCUUAUACGCUCUACCCAGAGUACCAGUGGCCUGUCAAGGUCGCCUACCCAUUCUAUCUAUUGAGCUUUGUCGGCUUCUCGCACACUCUUUUGGGCCGCCUACAUUACUACAUGGAGAAGUAUGGCGUCUUUGACGAGGAUGUCAGAGGACGAGACACUGUUGACGAUAAGCAUGCCGAUCAUAUUGGCAAGAGCAUCUUCGCCUAUAUCCUUCUGCGUGGCUUGGGACCAUUCCUUUACGCCUACGACAAGACAGAGAUGCCUCUCUCUGGCCUUUCAAUGUGGUCAUUGCCUAAGAUCGCUAUCGCCGGUGUCGUGCUAGACUACUUCUUCUAUGUCUACCACCGAUCAUGCCAUCAGUCUGACGCAAUCUGGUUCAUCCACCGAUUCCACCACUCCACGAAGCACCCAACGGCCAUUCUCAGCAUCCAGGCCGAGGAAUACCAGGAGCUGUUGGAGGUCAUCAUCAUCCCGACAUUGACGCAGAUCGCCGUGCCCAUGACCUUCUCCGAACUCUGGGUCGCCAUCACAUACCUGCUCUACGUCGAGGCUCUCGGCCAUUCCGGUAUCCGAGCUGACUGGUCACACCCUCUCACAACACCGUUUUUGCGCCCUUUCAAUAUGGAGCUUGCUGUCGAGGAUCACGACCUCCACCACAGAUACGGAAAGUCAGGCCUCUCGUAUGGCAAGCAAUCUCGCGUCUUCGACACACUCUUCAACACGAAGGCUCCUCGCGAGACUACACAGGACUUCGGUCGUUGGUUCAAGAGCUAG